CAGAGCCAGAAGAGUUUGAUCAUCGACCAUGGGCAUGGCUAUGGCCAUGGGAGCAAGGUCAACGAUGAAGAAGAGCUUAUUGCUAAUAUUGUUUGUGUGCCCGCUGACCAUCACUGUGACUGAUUGCGCCAAGGACAUCCCUGCCUCUGUUCCCCAGGAUCCUCCAGGAAACAAAAUCUGCGAGACCGUCAACAGAACAUGGCCCUGGUUGAAGUUUUGCGGCAGGCACGGCACCUGCAAUAAGCCAUGCCGGGCAGAAGGGUUCGAGGAAGGCUACUGCGGCAUGUUCCCCUACAUAUCGACCUGUUGUUGCACCAAGCACUGUCUCAGGGCCGCCCCUGGGCAGUCCGUGCAACCCAUGCACAAAGGGGGCAAACAAAUUCAUGCCAUUUUUACAGAAUGCUGACUAAUUGAUAGGUUUGUACUUGGCAUCAAACACAAUAAACUACGCUAUAAGGGCGAGUAACCGUGCGGUACACGUGUCCUUGUUACUGUGUUGAAGCGAGUGAAAUAAAAAAGGGAAAAAACUUCGCACC